UUGAAUGGAAGAGUUGCUCUGUCUUCGCACUACAAGAUCUGGGUGUGUAAUCUAUUUUCACGACUUUAAUUUCUCUUCUUGACGCGAGAAGCCAGGUACUUCAACAACAACAACGUCGACAACCUGUCAACUCAUGAGCACCAGCGAAGACUGUCGUGGAAACGAUGGAAUGUAGCUGUGUAUGAUGUACAUUGGCAAACCAGAAUCUGGAAAUUGACAAAAUGCAUGAGCUAUUCACCCAGGUGAUAACCAAGAAAGACUUGUCAAAAGCCGGGGAUUUGUUUUCAUUGGACGAUAAAGAGAUCGAGGAGGACCUCUCUGAGGUGCUGGACAACAUCCGUCUGAUCGCGGAAUCUGCAGAUUACACCAUCAGCGACAAUGAUCAGAGCGUCGUGGAGAUCUGUAUUACCAGAGUUACCACUGCUGUCAGAGAGACAGAAAGUGUGGAGAGACAUGCGUCAGCCCUUGUCAGGCUCCUAGAGGUCUGUCUGGAUCAUAACCUCACCCCCACAACAAAGGAUGAGGACACGCCCCACGCCAAGAUAGCCUCGGAUAUCAUGAGCUGUGUAUUUCUGCACUACAGUAAGCGUCCUGUCAUGGAGCGGACUUUGCCGACGGUUGUCCGCUUUCUGGCCUGUGAGAACAAGGAGCUGAGUCGUAACGUCUCCAGUUAUCUUUCCCUGGCGGCCAUAGACAACGCUGACCUACUGGCCAAACACAUUCACCUCAUCCUCUCUAGUAUUCUCCUCGGUAAUCCGUCCCUGACAAGAGUUCUGCCUCAGAUCUUUACCCAGAACAAGGACCCUAUUUUACAGCACCUCUCAGAGCUGGUGACUAUCCUCUCCACCUGUGACAUUGCCGAGCAAGUCAGCCUCUUUGAACUGUUCGCUCUUGUUACCAAGUUCAAACCCAAGUUGAUGGAGCCGUAUGUAGAGAAGCUAUGUGAGUUCCUGUCUCACACACUCCUCACCCCUCUUGUGCUGAUCGUCCUGGUGGAUAUAGCCAUCGCAAACCCUGCCAGCAUGGAGAGUCACCUCCCUUUGCUGAAACAGACAGUGGAGCAGCAGCCUACCACACUGACCCAAGUGGCACAGAUUAUAGGAGCAGUUGGAAACCUGAGUGAGUCUCAUGCAAAGGAAAGCUUGGAGUAUCUGGUUGGUCAGUUGGCUUCCACAGAACAUGCAAUCCAGCCAAUCGUCUUGCAGGAAAUCAGAGCCCUAUGUUUGACAAAUCACAGCUUACUGGCCGAACACAUUGCAGAGAUCAACAAACUUGGACAGAAUUGUGCAAGCUCGGUGCGAAUUCUGGUAGAGCAGUUGAAAGACGACAACCAGAAAUAUUCAGGGGAGAAGGAAAUGCGAUCUGUGUCCAGCCAAACAGAAGGAAACGUGACGAUCAUCACAGUGGGAAAUCCCCCAAACAACUCUUAUGUCAGCGGUACAUCUGGUGUCAAAUCGUCCAACGUGCCUAGUGGAAGUCUACGCUCCAGUGAGCAGAGCCUUGCCAGGUCUGGCAAGGUGUCAAAUUCAGCAAGAACAUCAGGAGCCAGCACUCCUAACUUCAAAUCUCAGGCUGAAAGGUCAAGCAGCCCGACCUCUGAGAAAGGCUCUAUGACUGGCAGUGUCAGCAACAACACCACAAUCUUAACACCCUUACCUGUGAUAGAAGCUAAUAGCCAGAGGGACACCAUACAGUUGUUCUGUGAAAAACACCUGAGUAAGAUCAAGAGUUACAUCAAUACCGUGUCUGCCAGGAUACCUCUUCCAGCCAAGUGCUGCGUCGUCAAUGGUCGACACAAGCGUUAUGUGAAGCUCAAUUUCCUGUGUGUCAAACAAGGUGACCAGUGUCUGUACAGUCAGAUCUACUUUUCAAUGGAUACUAAAAAUCCAAAGACUUGGAUACAUUUAAUGUUCUUAGCCAUACAGUCUCGGGCAUCCACAGCACUGAGUACUCAGGACCCAGCUGUUAGCUCACUGCGGGCAUGCUGGGAUGCCUUGAGGAUGGAGAGAACCAGCAGUAACUUCCUCACCCUCGUCACAUCAGCGUUUCCAUCUCAAAAGGACCAGGACUUGCUGAUACAGGAGCUGCACAGUGUCCGAUAUUUUGAUGUGUUCGAGUUCAACGCCCCUGAGAAGGUGUGGGCUUGUUUCAUGUGUAACCACCCUGACAAAGUGUCAAGUCUCCUCCAGGAUGGGUUCCCUGUUAUAGCGGGCCAACUAAAGGAGAAGAAAGGACGAUGGAAAUUCCUUAAGCGAUGGAAGACUCGCUACUUCACUCUGUCAGGAGCUCAUAUCACCUACAGCAAAAGUGAUUCACCUUUUUCAACAUUCCAGAGGAAAGAAACUCUUCCCGUUGCCAAAAUCCAGAGCGUCAAAGCAGUGCGAAAGGGCAUUCGGGACAUCCCACGGGCCUUUGAAAUCUUUACAGCUGAUCAGACUUACAUCUUUAAGGCCAAAGACAGAAAAAAUGCUGAACAAUGGGUGCAGUGUUUGCAUAUUGCUGUGGCCAGGACUCAGAAACAGGAAAAACAAAGGACACAGAGCGUCAAAGUGGGACGCCCCCGUGUGGGCAUAAGUGACACUAAAUUGUAACACUGCUUCCAGUGUAGUCCUUGUAGUUGAUGUGACAGUGGCGACAGCAGCUAAAAUGGCUAUCACUCGGCAUGGUAUGAGACUCUGCUGUUGGGUUAUGGUGUCCAAUUAUAAACUUUCCUCAUAUUCACAAUUUGUGUUUUAGUAACUUUUUUUUGUAAGUUGUGCUUGUUAUGCUUAUAUAGUCCUGAAGACAAUAUGGGUUUAUGAAAAUAGUUGCGAAAAAUUGAGUGAUUGUGUUUUCUGAAGUAGGGCCUGGACACUAAUCCCACAAGCAAUGUUGGUGCUAUAGACGUCACUUCAUGCUAGGGCGGUACAAUAUCAUCAUGACAGUGAAAUGUGUCAUGAUGUCAGUAAAACCCAUCGUCACAGUGACAGUCGGUCAUCAUGGCUGUCAAAGUCUGUCAUCAAAGUGUGAAACAAGAGGCCGGUUCCAUUGCUGUGGUUAAUUCAUCCGUAGUGAAACCAUACAACAUGUAGGCUAUUGUAACCAUAACAUCUGCUACCAUCAGCUUGUGGGCUUACAUGUACUACGAGGCUGUUAUCUGCUAGUAUGAGUAGGGCAGCUACAAAACUUUACAUUGAAUCACUUUUUCCACAUCUAGUGGUUAUUCUAGUCCAAACUGGAGUGGGUGUUUGUCUUCAUCUUUAUGCAGUAGUCUUUUGGACCAACCUCCAAACAGGUAUCACCCC